AUUGACGUCCACCGAUGCUGCUACAGUAAAAGUAUCUAGUAUCCACUUCACGCCUCUUUAAUUAUGGCAGAAAUUACAAAGUACUACAGGGAAGAGAUAUUAGUAACAAAUGUAAUACAAUAAAUUUAUCAAGCUAUAUAAUGUAGAAGAGGUGUCAGUUAAACAACAGAUCAGCAAAAUGUUUGGGAAUAAACUGCGGUCUUGGAUGGAAGCAGUGAGAUCGAGAAAAAAACAACAUAGGAAAGAAAAACAGGGAAAAAGUAAUAAUUUUGUUUUCGGUCAUAAAAAUACUGUUAAAUGGGAUACUAAUUGUGCCACUGUUCUAAAUGAACACACAGGGAACGAGAGAUGUGCUUCCAAGAACCAUCCGCAUAAAGAAAAUCAACCUCAAACCGGGACUUCAUCAGGAGUGUCAAAUUCGAGAUAUUCAGCUAACAACUUAUCAUCUCCAGAGUCGGCGUAUUCUACUGGUUAUUCUACAGAUGGUACAUCACCUGGAGCACCUCCUGAAAAUCUAUUAAAUACGCCAAAAGUACCAGAUAUCUGCCAUCCUCGUAUUGCAGUCUUAAAUCCUAUUCAAAAUCCCAAUGGAAAUCUUAAAGUCCCUGCGCAGCCCAAUGUAUUACCAAGUUCAACAAACGCGUUAUCAAAUGCUCUUAAAGAUCACCAUACCCCAGUUUUUAAGAAAAGAGAAGUGGAUGAAUCGAAAUUUGCGGCAACCAGUAGAAUCAAAGAGAAAAUCAUCGGAAAUCUAAGCCCUGCUCUCGGAAUAACUUCGCCAAGGCAAAGAAACCGUAUUAGGACGAAUCCAUGGUUACCAGGAAGUACACUGAGUCCGAGUCCUGUGAAACAUAAUCACAGCAAAACAAUGGUUGCAGCAAAAUCAACUAAAGACAGUAGUCCGAAACUUCGUAGGUUUUUAAGUCCUGCAGCAAGUAGACGACGGUCACUAUCGUCUUCAUCUAGUUCUUCACUUAGCGCAACUAGUAUUCAGUUGGAAGUUCCUCGACCAAAAUCUCUAAGCGACGAAGACUGCACAUUGAACGAAAUGAUGGGAAAAUAUGAUGAAAGUUACGUUUACGAAAAAGAAACUGAUAUUUUAAGUGAUAGCGAUCCGACAGAUUGCGAAACUGACAUUGAUACAGGUCAAGAUGGUGGUGAUGAAGACGAUCCUUUUGAAGGAGAGUUAGAUUUCAUCGACAAUGGUCCUUUCUUAGAUUAUGAAGCUAAUAGAGCAGAUUUAAAUACUGGCCAUUGUUCUUAUUACAACUAUGAUGUUCAAAGAAAGAUUUCGUCUAGAAGACGUACACAGCGCAGGACUAAUAAAACAAGUGAGAAAAAACGUAGGUCUUGCUCAAGUAAGAAGAGACAGUCUAAACAGUUUGAGAAGGAGAAACGUAUUAAUACAUAUAUCGAUGGUUCUAAAAGUGCUGGGGCUACUCCCAUUUCCGUCCGACGUGCCAAUUGUAGACCCAUUUCUAAGUUAGCACUAGAUGAUGGCCUAAGAAAAAGAUCAAAUUCGGUAGGUUUUUACCGAGAUCCCAUCAGUACAAUAGAUAAAAGAGACAAAGAAGCUGAUUUAAAAUAUAGAGAACUAAUAACCGAAGCUGAACAAAUUCUACAUGCGAUGAAAAAUAACGGGUUAUCACCUAGAAGAUUACCUGGCCCUGCAAACAAAAGAGUGGAGUUAUUGCGGAUAACCGAAUCUGCGAAACCUGAGAUAUUUGUAAACAACAGAUCAGCUACUGAGGACACUGUAAUCACUAAUCCCUUUUGUUCUAAAAUUCCGUCCAAAAGUGGUUACAAUUGCCCUAGAUUUAGCCCUAAGAAGAAUCAUAUCACUAAAUUCAUUAUAAGUAAUUCACCAGUUCUUGCUAAGAGAGAAUGUGAAAUGCAAUCACCUAUUUACAAUUCUCCAGUAUCUAAUAGGAAAACGGCAGCCCAUGUCUCUUUGAAAGAUAAACACACUGAAGUUGUUAGGAUGAGUCCAAAACACAAGAAGAAAAUAACUAAACGUGUAACAGAUUCAAGUUCUGACUCGGAUGACGUGCUUAGACGAAAUAAAUUGAGUGGUAGCUGCCCACAGAGUGAACCAGUUCGAAGAAAGGUAUACUUUGGCAACCAAAAAACAAUUGGAGUAAAAACAGUAGCCUUCAAUUUGACAGCUAAAACAUUAACGCAAGCAGAGUGUACCGUGAGUAACGAAAAUUUACGGCAGCAAGUCCUUUUAAACACAAUAGUAAGUUUGAAAAAAAACUUGGAGGAUCAUUCAGCUUCUUUGAAGCAAGUUUAUAGGAGCUCUCACAAUAUAUAUGCCUAGAAAUUUCCAUAGGGUACUGUGCAAUCAUAUAUUUUAUACCAAAUACUCCCAAAGAAGCCUAUUUACUAUAGGAUCAAGGUAAUAUAAAUACUCUCAAAUAUUUGGUGAUACCAAAUAGUAGGAGCCUACUUUAGAAAUAUGAACAGAUUUUAGCAAUACUCUACUAAAGGAUUACUUAAUGUCUUAGAUACAAUAAUAAAUUACUUCAGUAUAGAUGAUAACAAAAUAAUAAUUAACAUUUUAUUAGUGAUUUUUUUAACUCAUUUUGAAGUAUUUUAUCUUCAUUUUUAUAAGUGUUUCAAUACUAUUUAAUCUUUAAAAGUGCCCAGUCUCAU